AUGAUUGAAAAAGAAGUUUUAGAAAUAUUAAAAGAUUUAGUUUUAUUUUUAAAAACAAGUUUAGAUUUAAAUAAUGAAAUUUUUAUUGAUAAUUUAGAAAAUUUUUCUGAUGAAGAUAAUGAUAAAGAUUUGUUAUUAGAAACUGAUGAAAUUGUAGAAAAUAUUAAAGAAUAG